AUGUGCGGGUUUAUCAUAUUGAAAGAUUUCGAGGAUGCUGGAGAAACAAAAUUGUUUGAAGAAUUUGCGCCGUACUUGUAUGCUCAGCAUCAGCACAAGAAGGUUAGAAGCUUUCAAGCAUUUGAUGAGGCUGUAGAUGAAUACUUUUUGCGUUAUGAUGCAGCGACAGCCGAGGUGGCGAAGAAAAAUGCUCAGACGAUAGCUGAGAAUAAGUUUCUAAUUGAAUUGAACCAGCAGGAUGUGGAAAAUGUUUUGCUUGUCAUUCGUAGUGCGCUAGCUAGCGGUAUGGACUGGCGUGGUUUGGGGGAACUUGUUCGGUACGAGCGAAAGAAUGGUAAUCCCGUAACAAAAAUGAUUCACCAACUUGACCUUGCGAGAAAUCGAGUGGCUGUCUUACUCUGUGACGCCGACGAGGAGGUCCAGGAUGGACUUGGCGGUGAUGGUACCGGGGAGGGAGACAAGAAGGCUCACAUCAUCUGGAUUGACUUGUCAAUUUCGGCUCUUGCACAUGCCCGCAAAAUCUACACAAAAAGAAAAAGGCUGGAGAGAAGUUAA